AUGUUGACGUCCGCCGCGCGCUCUCACGCCCUGAGAAACAGCCUCCGACGCAUCACGACGCCAGCGCUUCCCCUCGCCAUGCCCCCAACCAAGAGAAACAGCAGCUCCCUGCCUCCGGGCUACGCCGAGGACAAGUCCAAGGGUGCCAUGCUGCGGUUCCAGGACUCCCUGCCUCGCCUGCCUGUCCCUACGCUCGAGGAGACGGCGAAGCGAUACCUCAAAUCCCUUCAUCCUCUCCUCUCUCCGGCCGAGUUCGAGACCAGCAAGGCUGCCGUCGCCGAGUUCGUUAAGCCCGGCGGUGUUGGUCAUCGCCUUCAGGACAAGCUUGUCGCGCGUCGCGAGGACCCUGCGACCAAGAAUUGGAUCUACGAGUGGUGGAAUGACGCGGCCUACCUUGCGUAUCGCGACCCGGUCGUUCCCUACGUCAGCUACUUUUAUUCCCAUCGUGACGAUCGCGCACGUCGUGAACCGGCCAAGCGCGCCGCCGCCAUCACCGCGGCCGUGCUCGAAUUCAAGAAGCUCGUCGACGCCGGCGCUCUCGAGCCCGAGUACAUGAAGAAGCUGCCCAUCUGCAUGGACAGCUACAAGUGGAUGUUCAACGCCUCUCGCGUCGCCGCUCGGCCCGCCGACCACCCUGUCAAGUUCUCUGCUGAGGGCCACCAACACAUCGUUGCCAUUCGCCGAAAUCAGUUUUUCAAGAUCGACCAUCACGUUGGUGGCAAGCAGCUCAAUGCUUCUGAGCUUGAACGCCAGUUCGAACGCGUCUAUGCUCUCGCUGCCCAGCGCGUGGCCCCCGUCGGCGCCCUUACUUCCGAAAACCGUGACGUCUGGGCCGAUGCUCGCGUCGCUCUGCUCGAGGCUAGCCCUCGCAACAAGGGUCUUCUCGAGGCCAUUGAGUCGGCUUCCUUCGUCGUCUGCCUGGACGACGCCAAGCCUGUCACUCUUGAGGAGCGGGCCCACCAGUAUUGGCAUGGCGACGGUGCCAAUCGCUGGUACGACAAGCCCCUGCAGUUCAUUGUCAACGACAAUGGCACCUCUGGCUUCAUGGGCGAGCACUCCAUGAUGGACGGCACGCCCACCCAUCGACUCAACGACUACAUCAACGACCUCAUCUUUGGCAACAAAAUUGAUCUGUCCGACCCUGCCGUCCGCUCUGACUUGCCCGAGCCACAGCUGCUGCAAUUCGAUAUCACACCUCAGGUCCAGGCCGACAUUGAUCGCGCCGUCGCCGACUUCCACCGGGUCAUCUCUCAGCACCAGCUCGCCGUCCAGGCCUACCAGGGCUACGGCAAGGGCCUCAUCAAGAAGUUCAAGUGCUCGCCCGAUGCCUAUGUCCAAAUGAUUAUUCAGCUCGCGUAUUACAAGAUGUAUGGCAAGAGCCGUCCCACCUACGAGUCAGCAGCCACGCGCCGUUUCCAGCUCGGCCGCACUGAAACGUGCCGCACCGUGUCUGACGAAUCAGUCGCCUGGUGCUCCGCUAUGGCUGAUGCUGCGCUCGACGAUGCCACCCGCGUCGACCGCUUCCGCAAGGCUAUCAAUGCCCACCUUGAAUACAUCACCGCGGCGUCCGACGGUAAGGGCGUCGACCGCCACCUGUUUGGCCUCAAGAAACUCCUUGAGCCUGGUGAAGAUGUUCCCGCCAUUUACAAGGAUCCGGCCUACGGCUACUCGGGCUCCUGGUAUCUGUCUACUUCGCAGCUCAGCUCCGAGUUCUUCAACGGCUACGGCUGGAGCCAGGUUAUUGACGGCGGGUUUGGCAUCGCCUACAUGAUCAAUGAGAACAGCAUCAAUUUUAAUGUCGUUUCCAAGGGCCUCGGCAGCGACCGCAUGAGCUACUAUCUCAACGAGGCUGCGGGCGAAAUGCGCGAUCUCCUCCUGCCAACUCUAGAGUCGCCCAAGGCCAAGCUGUAG